GUUUUAUACGUCAUUCAAAUGUUUCUGUUCCAGUGAAUCCCACAAUAAGGGUUAAAAACGAAACAGAUAAAACUCAGCGGAAUCUGUGAUGAUGAUCUUUCCAAGGAAAGACUAAAACAAUGUAGGUAGACGUGACCUCAAAACAGAUUUUUGUUCUGAGGAAGCUUUUUGCACUGGCAUAACUUGUUUUGUCAGAGAGUGACAUCACGGCUCAGCUGUAUUUGUAUCUCUCCUCCACACCUCAGUGAUCACAAAAGCAAGUUCUCGGCACAGAAACACUACAGAAAUGGCAUCUCGACCGUCUCACUUCGAGGAGAACCUUCUGUGCCCGGUUUGCCGUGACAUCUUCAGGGAUCCUGUCCUCCUGCUGUGUUCUCAUAGCUUCUGCUGGGCCUGUCUGGAUCAGUACUGGGACACCACCAGCUCGCAGAGAUGCCCCGUGUGCCGGACAGACUUCUACAUGGACCGUCCUCCGUGCAACCGCGCUUUGAAGAACCUGUGCGAGAUCUUCCUGCAGGAGAGAAACAGUACGGCGUCGACAGAGGUCGAGUUAUUCUGCAGCACGCAUGGAGAGAAACUUGAGCUCUUCUGUCUGGAGGACCAGCGUCUGGUGUGCGGAGUGUGUGUGAACGCUGACACACACGUCCAUCACGCCUGCAGACCUGUGGAUGAAGCUGCGGUGGCCCUCAAGGAGGUGCUCAAAACAAGACUGAAGCCUUUGCAAGAGAAGCUCAAACUUUUAAAAUCAGAGAAAUUCAUCUGUAAUCAAAGAGCGAAACACAUCAAGAACCAAGCCGAGCAAACAGAAGCACAUAUUAAGAAGGAGUUUGAGCAGCUUCAGCAGUUUCUGCGUGACGAAGAGGCGGCCAGGAUUACUGCUCUGAGGGAGGAAGAGGAGCAGAAGAGGAAGGAGUUAGAGGAGCAAAUGAUGAGGAUUAACAGUCAACUCUCAUCUCUUGUAGAAAGAAUGAAGACCACUGAGGAAGAGCUAGAGUCCAACAACAUCUCAUUCCUGCUGAAGUACAAAGGCCCACCUGACAGUUCUCAGUGCAGCAGUCCAUGUCCAGAGAAGUUUCCAGAAGUGCUGAUCGAUGUGUCAAAGCACCUGGGAAAUCUAAAGUUCGGAGUGUGGCAGAAAAUGAGCUCUGCUGCUCAAUACUUUCCUGUCAUCCUCGACCCCAACACUGCUCACCCGUGUCUGCACCUGUCUGACAAUCUGAGCGAGGUGCGCUUCGGUCAGUGGAGUCGACAGACCAUGGGUUACAUGGAGAAACGUGAGGGCUAUACGAGCGUCCUGGGCUCUGAGGGCUUCAGCUCUGGGACUCACCGCUGGGAUGUUGAGGUUGGUGACAACACUACCUGGGCCUUGGGAGUGAUUUCAGAGUCUGCCAUCAAGACUCGAGACGACCCGCCCAGUUCUGGUCUAUUGCGCAUAGGCUUCCACAACGGGACGUACGGACAAGGCCUUUCCGGGGAGUUUCUCACGCCGCUCACGGUGAAACAGAAGGUCCAGCGAGUCAGAGUCCAGCUAGACUGGGACGGAGGGAAAUUGUCGUUCUUCGACCCUCUCAGCGACGCUCAUCUCCACACCUUCAAGCACACCUUCAGCGAGAAAGUGUUUCCGUACUUCUGUAACGUGUGUCCGUCUCAGGCGCUGCGCAUCUUGCCGGUGGAAAUGUCUGUUGCAGGACUGGAGGUUCAUGGACCAUCUGCGCCUGAUAGAGAGCAAGCAGAGCUGCAGAAGUGAAAGAAGCUCAUGCACUCUUAGAAAAAAGAGUUCUAUAUAGAAUUUCUAUGUUCUGUAUAGAACUCUAGAGUUCUUGACUCGAUUUUAAAUGCCCAAAAGGUUCUAUAUGAGGAGAAAUGGCUUAAAUGACUGCAUAAUACUUUCAUGUUUAACAAGUUAUUUCAGUUUUUUCUAGUGAUAAAGUGCCUGACGGAAGUCCCCCUGUGGUGAAAAUCAAGUUUUUAAUGUUGUUUAUAUAUCUAUGUGGUGUUUUUAAUAUGCUUUAAGACAAACCAUGUGCAAAUUCAUAAGUUAACACCAUUGCUGAAUAUUCUCUCUUUAAAAAUGCAUUGAAAUCAGUGUCCAACGUUGUAAAAGUAAGUUGACCGAGUGGAUCUCUGAGCUGUGCGAGUGAGUGGAGGCGGGGCUAAUUAGCAUAUUCAUAGAUCCAUGUAUACUAAAUGAUGCAAGAGUGUAGAGUUACAUUCAAGCUAUAAUAAGGCAUGAAGAAAACGUUUUUACAGGAAAAUAAAACGUUUAAAUAUGUCAUUUUGGUGAGUUUUAAGGGAUAAAAUUAUUGACUACAGGGGGACUUCAUAUAGAACCUUUUCUUCUAAGAGUGCAAAGAAAAAUCAUUUGAAAUCCCUAUGGAGAAAAUGGGAAAAAUUAUUACAGAACCAAGAGCCACUGUGAAUGUUCAAAAUGAUUGAAUUAUGUACAUACAUAAUAUGUAUUAUUUCGUAUUAUUUUAAUGUCAGUGAUAAGAAAAAGGAACUAAUUACACAGCAGCAUUGACAGUAUGUCUUUUGAAUAAAAGAAAUGCUCAACAAGCUGACAGACUGUAUAUAUUGUGAUGGCCCGUGCUGUAGUCACAAAAUCUUUGGACAAACCAUUUAAACACGGUGUGAAUGCUUCUAGCAUUUCCGUCACCGGGUUUGGCGUUAUUGUUGCAUGUUGUGUUUAGAGUGAUGCAAAAGACUAUUUGAAACCUGAUUUCAUCAGCCAGAGUGUCUAGACUGAGAUCUGUAAAAAUCUGAUUGGAAUCGCACCUCCAAAUAUUGUUUGGAUCAGAUUUGAAAAAAUCAGAUUUAAUUUUUUUUUUUUUUUUUUUUUUUGCUGUCCAGAUUGAUAAAAUCUGGAUAUGCAAAAAAAAAAAAUAUAUCUGAUUUCUGCUGGCUGUGUGUGUGUGUGUGUGUGUGUGUGUGUGUGUGCUUUGUGAGGACUGGUUUGAGUUUUAGACCAUCGGAGUGAGGUCAAAGAGAGUAAAGUUUUUAGAGAGAGUAGGACAUUUUGGUAGGUCCUCACUUUCUUGGACCCUUUAAAGGCCUGUUUGAGAGACAAGACUUGGUUUUAGGGAUAAAAUUAUAAUUAAGUGUAGGUUUUGUCAUGAGUGAUCUAUUCGUGUUUGUCUUGGGUGAGUUUAGCACGUCUUUUAGAUCAGGUUCAUGUGGAUGAUUUUUUUUUUUUUAUUAUUGAUUAAUUUGUGUCACCUGUGUCUCAUUUAGUUUAGUUUGCUUGUGCAUUUAAACCCUGUGUUUUUUCUGCUGGUUGUCUGAUUUUGUCCAUGUGUACAGGUUGUUCUGUUCAUGUUUUGUUACCUUUAUUAUUCUGAGUGUAUAGUUUCUUUGAGUUUGUAUUUGUGUCCUGCUCUUCUAAUAGCUGCAGCCGAGUGUGACAGGGUUCAGAUCGCACUGUCAGUGUAUGUCCUCACAAAGAUAGGUGUGUGUGUGUGUGUGCUCUAAAUAUAAUUAUUUUAAAUGUAUAUGUUUAACUGUGGAAGUAUUUUUUGGGUUGUGUGACAAACUGUCCUGCUGUGAAGUGCAACACAUGCUUAUAAUUAUGAGCCGUGUGGACCCUGCCCACAAACACAGAAGACAUGCUAUGUCUGAAAGAACACAUUCUUCUGUUCAAUUGCACAAUGCUCUAUUUUGUAUAUUAUUAUUAAUAAUGCAUAUUACUUGAAUGUAAAUUUUAAAAAUAUAUAAAUAAAAACUAUAAUUGUUUAGUUUUUAUUUUUUUGUGAUGUCCAGUAUUUUAUUCUGCAGUUAUGAAGUUAUGAUGCCUCUGUUUUCUCACCAGGCUGUUGGUUAAAACGUUAAAUGCAAAAAGCAUGAUGACAGAUGCUUGACCGCUAAUACAGGAUUUCUUGGCUGUGAGUUCAGGGAAACUGUAACAAUGUCAUGAAACAUGCAAAAAAAAUUAGGCUACUGAACUGAAAGAUUGGGUCUUUACAAUAUAUUUUAUUAAAUAAAUAUAUUGUAUUACAUUAUAGGGGCUGUUGAAUGCUUGAAUCUGAUUGGUUGACGAACGUUCUAA